ACAUCAUUUCCCCUUACACCGUUAGCCACCAUGUUUGCUUAAAAGCGCGGUAUCUGAAAAUCUGUCUUCGAAUCCACUUCCUUGUCUUUCCGUCUGAUGUUUAUUAAUCUAACAUUAACUGCCAUUAUUUGACAGCGUGGGAGACUGAGAGAGAGAGAGAGAGAGAGGACAAACGUUGGUCUUUUUACCGUCCAUAUUAAUCGAAGAUGUUGCGCCGUAACCCGACUCGGAUUGAAUUGAAACUGGAAGACAUCAAAGAAUACGAAGCGAUGAAGAACGAGAGACUGAAGCAGAAUGCGCAGAAGAUGUCUGUCGAUGCUGUUGGUGAGCAGUCUUCGUCGUCAACAGGUGCCCUGCCAGGAACAUGCAGCGGAGACACAACACCGGGAAGUAAAACUAAGGCCCAGUUUAUUCGUGAGAUUCAAGAACGAAUUGGUUACGACCCCAAACCUCAGCUCGGAACUUCUCGGAUUCGAACCCCUAUCCACAACUGAAACGGACUCCAAUGACCUCUGUCAAUGUAAAUGUUCUUCUUGUUUAUUUAUUCUAAUUCCAUCUAACCAAUAUCUCACUAUUAAAGAUGUCAUUUUUUUACAGAA